AUGAAAGAAAAUAUCAUCAUCAUCACAACAACAAUUACAAACACAGUAACUGUUAGGAAUACCCCAUCACAAAAAAAUGCAAAAUCCAUUACCACCAAAAUGGCCAUCCAAAAAUCACCAACCACAUCAAUCACAACCACCAUUGCUCCCACAACCUCUUCAUUUCAUCAACUCAACUACCAAUAUAAUUCCCACAUUCCACCAUCAUUAACAUUGCCUCCCCCAAUCAUGAACCCCAAAAACCACCACCACCUCAUUUCAUCAAUUCAAUCACAAACAGAAACACCCCCAAUCAGCCACCACGACCAUGCUUCCUAG